AUGACAGUUACAUCUCACACUUUAUUUACACCACAAAUAAGCAUCGAUAAUAAACGACCGAAUUAUCCCUUGAAUGACAAAAUGAGACACGGAUUUGAUGACGACUACAACUCUGAGAAGUUCUUGAGCUCAUUGGCCAACAUUUUUUACCUAUACUUUGAUGAUAAGCGUAACAUCACCAAUGGGAACCCGCUUACAGAGGAGAUGAAGGCUAGUCCCAAGCUUUUCAAAAAUUAUCAGCCGAUAUACGAUUGGAAGGUCAUGAAGGAACGUCAGAAAACAAUUAGCGCGGUUCUUGUUCUCUGCUUGAAUUUGGGAGUCGAUCCUCCAGAUGUAAUGAAAACAUAUCCCUGUGCAAAAUUCGAAGCGUGGUGUGAUCCAACUACUUUCACAGAUACAAAGAAGGCAAUUGAAAAUAUCGGUAAAAAUUUACAAACGCAAUACGAGACAUUAUCCUUAAGAACCAGAUAUAAGCAAUCGUUGGACCCUUGUGUCGAGGAUGUAAAGAGGUUUUGUAAUACACUACGAAGAAAUGCUAAAGAUGAACGAAUACUUUUCCAUUACAAUGGUCAUGGGGUUCCUCAACCUACUUUAAGUGGGGAAAUAUGGGUUUUCAAUCGAGGUUACACCCAGUAUAUCCCAAUAUCCUUGUAUGACUUGCAGACAUGGCUUGGAGCACCUGUCAUUUUUGUUUAUGACUGUAGCAGCGCUGGAAAUAUAGUGCACAACUUUAAGAAAUUUGUUCAGAAGCGAAUAGACGAUGAUAACGAAGGAAACCAUGACACAAGUGCCCCAUCCCCUACUUCAGCUUAUUUGGACUGCAUACAGUUAGCUGCAUGUAAAAGCAAUGAGCUAUUACCAAUGAGCCCAGAUUUACCAGCUGACUUAUUCACUUGUUGUUUGACUUGCCCAAUCGAUAUCAGUGUGAAAUGGUUCAUAAUGCAGAGCUCGCUAAAAAAGAAUUACUAUGACUCGCUACCUCGGAACCUGGUGGGGCACGUAAUUAUACCAGGAAAGUUGACCGAUAGAAGAACCCCUUUGGGAGAAUUGAACUGGAUUUUUACAGCCAUUACAGAUACCAUUGCAUGGACAUCCUUGUCGAGACCAAUCUUCAAGCGCUUAUUCCGUCAAGAUUUAAUGGUUGCAGCAUUAUUUCGAAAUUUCUUACUUGCAAAGAGAAUAAUGCCGCAUUUGAAUUGUAAUCCAAUUAGUGACCCUCCUUUACCAGAUGCAGUGAAAUUUCAUGCAAUGUGGGACUCCUGGGAUUUGGCAAUUGAUCAAGUACUUUCUCAACUUCUUAAAACGGCUCAAGAAGAAAAUGCUGUUGCGGCAGCUGUUCAAACCACCUCAUUACAAAUUCUGCUGCUGCAACAACAACAUCAUCAACAACAACCACAACUACAUCAGCAGCAGCAACAACAACAACAACAACUACAUCAACAGCAGCAGCAGCAUCAUAAUCAUAACCACCAUCAGCAACAUCAGCAACAAGCUCUAACUAAUGGUACCACCACUACUUCAAACGGAUCUGUAAAUACCGGUACCCCAACAGUUUCUUCAUCGAUUGUGCAAACUUCACAAAACAUUGGUAAUUAUCAGCAUUCAACGUUUUUUGAACAACAACUUACAGCUUUUGAAAUUUGGCUAAAAUAUGCUGGGCCUUCGACUAAAGAACCUCCGGAGCAGUUGCCCAUUGUUUUGCAGGUACUUUUAUCUCAAGUUCACAGAUUAAGAGCACUCAUUUUGCUAUCAAAGUUUCUAGAUUUGGGUCCCUGGGGCGUUUAUCUUUCGUUAUCUAUUGGCAUUUUUCCCUAUGUGCUAAAGCUCCUACAAAGCCCAGCUCAAGAACUAAAACCUGUUUUGAUAUUUAUAUGGGCAAGAAUCAUGGCAAUUGAUUACAAAGGAACACAACAAGAGCUUUGCAAGGAAAAAGGGUACAAUUACUUUUACAUGAUUUUAAAUUCUUCAUCGUCCAAUCAGGGAUCACUUGGUGCUGGCGGUGCUGCCAAUGGUGGUGCUGGUGGUACUGCUACUGGGAGUCAUGCGAGCGGUUCAAGUCCUAUGCUUAUCAAUGACGACCACAAGGCCAUGAGUGCUUUUAUUUUGACGUUAUUUAUAAAAGAUUUCAAGAACGGUCAAAGACUUUGCUUCUCGACUGAAAUUGUGAGCAAUUGCAUCAAGUACAUUCUGACUAGUGAAAACCCUUUGUUACGCCAGUGGUGUAGCUUAUUGUUAUCGCAAUUGUGGAACAAGUAUCCAGAUGGCAAAUGGGUAGCCUAUAAGGAUGGUUAUAUAAAUGAGUUAAUGGGAUUCAUAAACGAUCCUAUCUCCGAGGUGAGAACUUCAAUAAUAGUGGCAUUAACAAAAUUCCUUUCUGAUGGUACAAAUCAGAGUUCCUUUCAGCAGCAACUGCUAUCACUGCAUGUACAAGCAAAUGGCGGUACUGUAGAGGCAAGAAAGGAUGAAAUGAGGCAGCAAGACUUGAAGAUUGCAAAUGUAAUGUUGGGAUUAUUGGGCGAUGGUUCUCCCAUGGUGCGCAAGGAAUUGAUCACUUUUAUCAAUAAAUUCAUUCAAACAUAUUCUAGAUUUUUUAUAAUUGUUGCAUUUAGUCAGCUUGAAGAGGAGAUUGUGCUUUUGGAUGAUCCCAAUUUUCUCAAUGAUUUUAGGAAACGUUCUCCUACAUAUGGAUCUAUAUUCAGUUCAAUUUGGAAAGCGUUGCUUAUUCUUUCGGAGGAUCCUCAUUGUGAAGUCAAGCAACUAGCCGAGAUAUUGAUUGACUUUGUUAUGUUCAAGUUGAAUGAGAGUGAGUUGGCGCCGCUCGUGAAGGAUAUGCAAAGCUUCCUACUAAGCAAAUCAGCUACUAAUAUUAGUGACAGCUUUCGACCCGGACGGCCUGUGGUAAAGAAACCUUUGGGAGGAGAAAAGAGACAGGCCUCGAGCGCUUCGGUGAUCAAUAGAAAAAAUAACUUGCGCAUAGAUGGUACUCUGUUAACCACAGCGAGAGCUGCUUCUGUAAAUGGACAACAAUCUGAUAGCAAUUCUUUUUUGGAUGCUGAGUCAAUUACUUCCAAGAUAAAGAAUUUUUCAAUAUCAAAGCUUUUUAAAAGUCUCCAAAUAAGUGAUGAUACUGACAUAAAAAGCUUUACUCGGAUAUUACAUUCUGGACCAAUGCAAACCAGUUAUGCGGCCGAGUAUAUACCAAAAUCUGUAUUUUUCAAAGAGCGAGACUUUUCUGAGCCUCCAGCUAUACCUGAUGAAUCUGGAUUUUUUGAAUAUAGUUGUGAAUAUUUCCAAGAGCCCCAGAUGUCCAAAAAUGAAGUAGAUGAGCCAGGCUCGAAAGAGUAUAUCAAGAGAUUAUGGAGAAGGAACAGGAACGAGGCCAUUAUACAGGAAACGCAGCCACUUAAGGAAAUGGCGUUGCGCGGAGAAUGGGACAAGGAUGUCAAAGUUUUGAAUAACGGGUCGCAACCUAAGUGCUUUAAGUUCACUCAAUUUGAAAAGAUCUUAGUAGCCAGUGACGAAAAAGAUAAUCUCACAGUCUGGGACUGGGAGGCAUGUAAAGUAGUCAAGAAGUUUUCCAAUGGUAACCCAUUUGGAACAAAAAUUACUGAUAUAAAAUUUUUGAAUGAAGAUGACCUUCCACUUUUAUUGACUGGGUCGUCCGAUGGGGUUAUUAAGAUUUACAAGAAUUUCCACACCAAUGAAAAUGACCACGAAGAUGAUGAAGAUGAAGAAAAUGGUACUAAUGGCAAUUGCUCCAACCUAGGCGUCCCUGGAAGCAAUUAUUAUGAUUUGGACAAGAUUGAAUUGGCAACAGGCUGGCGUGCGUUGACUGAUUUGUUACUCACAGCUAAGAGUUCUGGUUUGGUUUCUGAAUGGCAGCAAUCAAGAGGCUCUUUACUUGUAAGUGGUGAUGUCAAAGUGAUUAGAAUCUGGGAUGCUCCACGUGAAUUGUGUGUACUGGAUAUACCAGCAAGGUCAUCUUCUUCAAUCACAGCAUUGACAUCGGACCAGGUUGCAGGUAAUAUCUUUAUUGCGGGAUUUGAUGAUGGCAGCAUCCGAGUAUAUGAUAGACGGUUAGACGCGAGGGAGUCUAUGGUCAAGAUAUGGAAGCUGCCCAGGCAACCAGGUGGUCAAGCUGAACAAUUAAUAGGUUACGGCUCGAUACGUAAUGUUCACAUGCAAAGAGGCGGAUUUAGAGAACUUGCUAGUGGCUCUUCAGACGGAUACGUCAAUCUAUGGGAUAUUAGGUUAAACGAUCCAGUUUUGACCUUUACUACGCCUGAUAGACAAAUCAGGUGCAUGGAUAUUCACGAACAUGCACCCAUAUUAGCAACGGGCUCCAAACUAGUCGAUGUUUGGUCAACUGCGGGCGAUGAGCUCACCCACUUGAGGAAUUCUAUCUUUGAUAGCAAGUAUUUGACUUCGAGACGAGGAAUAAACUACCUAUCAAAUUGCGCAUUCCACCCACAUAGAAUGAUGCUUGCUACCAAUUACACUCAAGAUGCCAAUAUUAGCAUUUAUAACUGUACAGAUGUGGUAGUAGAAUAUUGA